CUCACAGCCUUCUGAGGAGUGGGGGCUCUGGGAAAAGGGGAGGGUGGCCAGGCUGACCUUCUCUCUGGGAGCAGCCCGGCACACCUGGGCCAAAGGUCCCACUGGGUCAGAGGUCAUCUCUGCCAUCCAUCCUGCCAUCCGUCCGUCGGUCCGGGGACCAUGUCCUGGAAUGCCGUGUUUCUGCUGCUGCUCUAUCACACCGCGCAGACGACCAUGGGCCGCAGGUGGGACCGAGCGGUGCUCUUCCCUGCUGCCCACCGGCCAAAGAGGUCCACGUCCACCCCGUUGAACCCAGUGCUGCAGAGCUCCCUGGAGGACGUAGAGCUGCUCUAUGAGUUCCUCCUCGCCGAACUGGAGAUCGGCCCCGACCUGGAGCUGGCCCUCAAGGACGAGGAGCUGCUCUCCCUGCGGAAGGCCGCCAACUUCCGGGCCAUCUGCAAUGGCAUCAUCCCCAAGCGCAUCCCCGACAUCCGCCGGCUGGGCGCCAGCCUCUCCAGCUGCCCUGGUGUCCUCAGGAAGGAAGACUUUGAGAGGACGGUCCUGACCAUGGCCUACGUAGCCUACCGCGCGGCCCUGGCCCACGGGCACCAGAAGGACGUCUGGGCCCAGGCCCUGCUCAGCCUCUUCCAGGCCUUGAGGCAUGACCUGAUGCGGUCCUCAGGCCCCAGGGGGUCCCUCUGAGGGACCAGCUCCUACAGGGCUGUGGAGCAGGGACACACACACACACACACACACACACACACAACCACCAGAAACUCCUUCAUCUUCGGCUCCACUACAGAGAAUAGCAACAAACAGCUGGAGCACUUGAACCCAAACUCCUCCAUCCCUAGAAGCUUCCUGAUAAACACUGAGAUCCGACUCGUGUCCUCAGGUGACCUCAAGAGAUGGUGUGGUUCAGCUCGUGCCAUGCAGAAAUCUAAGAUCUGCUCAACCCAGAGUCAUGGCCACAGCCCCCCAGAGUGAGGAGAGAUUUGGGGAAGCCUAGGUGAUGGGGCAGAUUGAUUUCUGUCUAGGGGA